AUGGAGGUUACGCCUUACCUCCUAUUCCUCCUCUUCACCGUCUAUCUCCUCGCCGUCACCACCGCCGAUGACAGAGCAGCUAUGCUGGCUCUAGCCAAAUCAUUCACUCCUCCGCCGUCAGAUUGGUCAACCACCUCCUCCACCGGCUGCUGCACGUGGUCCGGCGUGAGAUGCACCUCCGAGUCCGACCGCGUCACCUCAAUCAGCCUCGAGGAUGAGUCUCUCGCCGGGGAUUUAGCACCGGAGGUCUCGACUCUCUCCGAGCUUAAAAGUAUCAACCUUCAGGGUAACAAGCUCAGCGGUACGAUCCCUUCCUUGGCUAAACUCAACUCCCUUCGAGAGAUUUACUUGGAUUCGAAUCUCUUCCAAGGAGUUGAGCCCGGAGCUUUCGCCGGACUCACCAGCCUCCGUAUCUUGAGCAUGAGGGAUAACCGGAACAUCUUCUCUUGGAGCUUCCCUUCAGGGAUAGCGGAUUCGACCUCUUUCACCACCGUCAACAUCCUCGGCCUCUCUUACAACAACAUCACCGGCGUUUUGCCUCCCUCCCUGGCCAAAUCUUCGAUUCAGAAUCUCAGGGUUAAUGAUCAGUUCUCCGGUUUAUCCGGUACGAUCCAAGUACUCUCCGGUAUGACGUCUUUGUCCCAGGCUUGGCUUCAGAAGAAUCAAUUUACCGGUUCGAUACCCAAAGUCUUGACAUCCUUGCCUAAUUUGCAGCUGAUUGAUUUGUCCAACAACAAUCUAACAUGCGAUAUACCCAUGUUUUCUGCUACUGUUGCGUUCAUUUACAAGCCCGAUAACCUUCUGUUGGUCAGGGGUUUGGAUUAUAGCUACACGCAACCGUCUCAAUCGGAUGAUUAUGGUUUAGGGAACACAACAGAGAGUGACCACUGCUCGACAGAAAUGAAUAUUAUGCUCGACCAAGCAGAGAUUGAAGCUUCGCAUGUUCAAUACCCUCCGCAGCCGGAGGUUGAGUUCGGCUUCCCCAAGGAAUGCUACUGCGGUGGAGAACCGGUUCUUAGGACAUCUAUCACGGGGAGAAGGUUUUACUCAUGUGAGAACAUCGACGAUGGAGACUGCCAUGUAUACAAGUGCUGGGAGGAAGCGGCUACAGAGGAGAUCAAAGCUUUAGGUACACAGUAUGCUCUGCUAUCAGAUAAGAUUGAUUAUAUUGCCGGUGUUAGUGACUACGAGUCUGAACUAAACCAGGUAAAAGAUCUCCAUUACCAGACAGAGCUGAAGGAGACUAUGCUCGAGAAAACUGUCUCUGAUUUGGCCAAAAAAUGUUAUGGGUUUGAGCUCGUUCUAGGUGUUAUGGUUCUUGUAGUAAUGGUAGUAUCCAUGUUUGUAGUAUUUAAUUAG